AUGAAUUCAAACAGGAAUCCUUUGUCUUCUUUCUUACUCUCCAAAUAAUCUCAUAAAAAUCUAUAUUUUUACCCAAACUAGCUAUGGCUAUGGCGCCGAUCUCAAAGGCAACCUCGUUGGUGUUCAAAGUACAUCGCCGGGAGCCAGAGCUAAUCUCUCCGGCGAAGCCAACUCCACGGGAGCUUAAGAAACUCUCCGACAUUGAUGAUCACAUCCUUGUAAGAGAACACGUUCAUGGUAUCCUUUUCUACAGACACAACCAUUCGUCGAUGAUCAAUAAUAACAACUCCGACCCCGUUCAAAUGAUUCGCAAAGCUCUGGCCGAAACGCUCGUUUACUAUUAUCCGUUCGCCGGCCGGAUUAGGGAGGGGCCUAACGGAAAACUGAUUGUGGAUUGUAACGGAGAAGGUGCAAUGUUUGUCGAGGCCGACACUGACGUGGCUCUCGAUGACUUCGGACAAUAUCUCCAUCCCCCUUUCCCCUGCUUAGAGGAGCUUCUGUUUGAUACCGAGGGUCCGCUAGGAUUUCUUGAUUCCCCCCUGCUUCUUCUUCAGGUUACGAGGCUAAAAUGUGGAGGCUUUGUCUUCGCCGUCACCUUCUGUCAUCUCAUGUGUGACGCUGCUAGUAUGACAUUUUUCUUAAGGACGCUGGCGGAGUUGACACGUGGUGCCAACGCACCGUCUAUCCCACCAGCGUGGGACCGUCAUCUCUUAAGCGCCAGGGUCCCACCGCGUGUAACACACGUACACCACGAGUACGAUGACGAUGACGAGCACGAUGCUAGUGAUACCAUUCCACAGGUCCAAGGCUAUUUCUUCUUCGGCCCCAGAGAGAUCUCAGCUGUACGUCGACUCGUCCCGGCCAAGAUCCAUGUCACCACAUCCGAGCUGCUGACGUCACACCUCUGGCGUUGCCGAACCAUCGCCCUAAGACCCCUCCCAGAUGCCGAAACGCGAGUCAUGAUCGUCGUAAACGCGCGUUCCAUUUGUAGCAACCCACCGUUACCGCCGGGCUACUACGGGAAUGUGGUUGUGUCUCCGGUUUCCAUAACAACCGCGAGAGAACUCACGGAACGACCUUUAGAAUUCGCGAUAAGGUUGGUGCAAGCGGCGAAAUCGAGCGUGACGGAAGAAUACGUCAGGUCAUUGGCCGAUCUCUUGGGAACGACCGGUCCGCGACGCCUGAAGCUUUCAGAUACCUUCUUUGUUUCCGACGUGAGGCGUAUGGGUUGGGAUGACAUGGACUUUGGGUGGGGCCCACCGGUGUACGCGGGGCCCCCAGAGGGAAAUACGGGGGCACUCAGCUUGUUCGUACCAUGUAAGAACGAGGACGGUGAGCCCGGAUUCGUCAUGUCUGUUAUAUUGCCGGAGCCAGCGAUGACGAGGUUCGCGGAACAACUCUCUGGUCUCUCCGACAAAGGUGUGAAUAACAAGACUGCAAGAUCUUCGCUCUAGAAAAAAUUGUGUACGCAGAGAAAUAAUCGUAUAUAUGUUUAUAUUAAAAGUUGAAUAAGAAGAAUAAGAAUAGGAGGGGCUGUAAAAGUUAUCCGGUUCGUCAGGUACAAUGUUCAUCAAAUGGUGCAAUAAUGUAUUGUAAUGGCUUUUGUUUAGGGUUUUAUACAAAUUUGAUACUACAUGAUAAAAAUUUAACGUAAA